GCAGCGGCGGCGGGGGCCCGUGUCCGUGCGCCCCGGCGGCCAACGGGCGCGGGCCGGCGCGAUGGAGCCGCAGCACGUGCGCCCCGCGCUCGGAGCCCGCAGCCCGGCCUGGGAGGAACCGGAACCAGAGAGGAUGGCUGGGGCGGGCAGCCAGCACCACCCUCCGGGAGUCGCGGCAGGAGCGGCUGCUGGGGCCGGCGCGGUUUCCCCCACCGCUGCGGGACCCGGAGAGGAUUCGUCCGACAGUGAAGCGGAGCAGGAGGGACCCCAGAAGCUGAUCCGCAAAGUGUCCACCUCUGGACAGAUCCGGACCAAGACCAGCAUUAAAGAGGGACAGCUGCUGAAACAAACCAGCUCCUUCCAAAGGUGGAAAAAGAGAUACUUCAAACUUCGAGGCCGGACACUUUAUUACGCAAAAGACUCAAAGUCCUUGAUAUUUGAUGAAGUUGACCUCUCAGAUGCCAGCGUCGCUGAAGCAAGCACCAAAAAUGUCAACAACAGCUUCACGAUAAUCACUCCAUUCAGAAGGCUGAUGCUAUGUGCUGAGAACAGGAAGGAGAUGGAAGAUUGGAUCAGCUCUCUGAAGUCAGUGCAGAGCAGAGAACCCUAUGAGGUGGCUCAGUUUAAUGUGGAACAUUUCUCAGGGAUGCAUAACUGGUAUGCCUGCUCCCAUGCCCGGCCUACCUUCUGUAACGUGUGCAGAGAGAGCCUCUCCGGAGUUACCUCCCAUGGCCUGUCCUGCGAAGUGUGUAAGUUCAAGGCUCACAAAAGAUGUGCGGUGAGGGCAACUAAUAACUGCAAAUGGACCACACUGGCCUCCAUCGGGAAGGAUAUCAUUGAGGACGAGGAUGGUGUCGCCAUGCCUCACCAAUGGCUUGAAGGCAACUUACCCGUGAGUGCCAAGUGUGCGGUCUGCGACAAAACGUGUGGCAGUGUCCUCCGCCUGCAGGACUGGAAAUGCCUCUGGUGUAAGACAAUGGUACACACUGCCUGCAAAGAUUUGUACCAUCCCGUCUGUCCACUUGGCCAGUGUAAAGUAUCUAUCAUACCUCCGAUUGCACUAAAUAGCACAGAUUCUGAUGGUUUCUGUAGAGCAACGUUUUCCUUCUGUGUCAGCCCUCUCUUGGUGUUCGUCAAUUCUAAGAGCGGAGAUAACCAGGGAGUAAAGUUCCUCCGUCGCUUUAAGCAGUUGCUCAACCCGGCUCAGGUGUUUGAUUUAAUGAACGGAGGGCCUCACUUAGGCUUAAGGUUAUUUCAGAAGUUUGACAACUUCCGGAUUCUUGUCUGUGGAGGAGAUGGAAGUGUAGGCUGGGUCUUGUCAGAGAUCGAUAAACUGAACUUGAAUAAACAGUGCCAGCUUGGGGUAUUGCCUUUGGGUACAGGCAAUGACCUUGCUCGAGUUCUUGGCUGGGGAGGUUCAUAUGAUGAUGACACCCAACUUCCUCAGAUCCUAGAGAAGCUGGAACGAGCCAGUACCAAGAUGUUGGACAGGUGGAGUAUAAUGACGUAUGAACUCAAAUUGCCAGCAAAGACGUCUCUACUUCCUGAACCCACAGAAGCGUCCGAAGGAUUUUAUAUGACAUUUUAUGAAGACUCUGUUGCAAAUCACCUUACGAAAAUCCUCAAUUCUGAUGAACAUGCGGUGGUCAUAUCGUCUGCCAAGAUACUCUGUGAAACUGUGAGGGACUUCGUUGCCAAAGUGGAGAAGGCACAGGAGAAAACACUGGAAAAUACAGUAGUAGCUGAAGCCGUGGCCAGUAAAUGCUCAGUCCUCAAUGAGAAGCUUGAACAGCUGCUACAAGCCCUGCACGCAGACACUCAGGCCAGUCGAGCUCCCCCAGGGGUUGGCCCUCCAAUUCCUGAAGAAGAUAUUGUGGAGUCGUCCAGUGAAGAGUCCUUGGGUGAAAGCAAGGACCAGCUCGUGAAUGACAUUGCAAAACUCUCCUCCCAGAAAGCCGCGAAACCCAGGGAAAUAAUGCUGCGGGCCAACAGUCUAAAGAAAGCAGUGAGGCAAGUCAUUGAAGAAGCUGGAAAAGUUAUAGAUGAACAGACAGUUCAACCCUGUGAAUCCAUUAGUCAGUCUUGUGACUGUGAUAACCCAGAAACAGAUGAAUCUAAGGAUGAUGAUACGAAAGAUUCAUCAGCAGCCAAAUCCACAUCUCAGUCUCCUGAUGCCCAGGCAAGUCAUGGUAAUUUCCCAACUGAUUCUGUCACUGGUUCAGCUAUGGCCACCACCAAAGAAAAUCUCCCUGUGCUCAACACCAGAAUUAUCUGCCCAGGUUUAAGAGCAGGACUUGCCGCCUCAAUCGCCGGGAGUUCUAUCAUCAACAAAAUGUUGCUGGCAAACAUCGACCCUUUUGGUGCAACUCCGUUUAUUGACCCAGAUCCUGAUUCACUAGAUGGAUACUCAGAAAAAUGUGUCAUGAACAAUUACUUUGGGAUUGGAUUAGAUGCAAAAAUUUCAUUAGAAUUUAAUAAUAAGAGAGAAGAACACCCUGAAAAAUGCAGAAGCCGAACUAAAAACUUGAUGUGGUAUGGAGUCCUUGGGACCCGGGAGUUAUUACAGAGAUCAUACAAGAAUCUGGAACAAAGGGUUCAGCUUGAGUGUGACGGGCAGUAUAUUCCUCUACCCAGUUUACAAGGCAUAGCGGUAUUGAACAUCCCCAGCUACGCCGGAGGCACCAACUUCUGGGGCGGAACCAAAGAGGAUGAUAUAUUUGCCGCACCAUCAUUUGAUGACAAGAUUCUGGAAGUUGUUGCUGUGUUCGACAGUGUGCAGAUGGCGGUCUCAAGGGUCAUCAAACUUCAGCAUCACCGCAUAGCACAGUGCCGUACAGUCAAGAUCACUAUAUUUGGUGAUGAGGGAGUCCCGGUGCAGGUGGAUGGUGAAGCAUGGGUUCAGCCUCCAGGGAUCAUCAAAAUUGUGCACAAAAACAGAGCUCAGAUGCUAACCAGAGACAGAGCCUUUGAAAGCACUCUGAAGUCUUGGGAAGACAAGCAGAAGUGUGACUCCAGUAAGCCAGUUCUUCGAACCAACGUGUACAUCCAUCCCGCCGUUGACCUGGCCACAGAAGAGUUGUCGCAGAUGCGGCUCUGCUCCCAGGCUGCAGAGGAACUCAUUACGAGGAUUUGUGAUGCAGCCACAAUUCACUGUCUGCUGGAGCAGGAACUGGCUCAUGCAGUCAAUGCAUGCUCGCAUGCCCUCAACAAAGCCAACCCACGCUUCCCAGAGAGUCUUACGAGAGAUACCGCCACCGAAAUAGCCAUCAACGUCAAGGCGCUCUAUAAUGAAACAGAGUCUUUGCUGGUUGGCAGGGUUCCUUUGCAGUUGGAGUCUCCCCACGAAGAGCGGGUAUCCAGUGCUUUACACUCUGUGGAGGUGGAGCUACAGAAGUUAACGGAGAUCCCAUGGCUUUAUUAUAUCCUCCGCUCCAAUGAGGAUGAGGAGCCUCCUAUGGACUGCACCAAAAGAAAUAGCAGAAGCACAGUCUUCCGUAUCGUGCCAAAGUUUAAGAAGGAAAAGGCUCAGAAACCGAAAACAAGUUCACAGCCCGUUCAGAAUUGGGGCACAGAGGAAGUUGCUGCUUGGCUGGAUCUGCUCAAUUUGGGAGAGUACAAAGAAAUCUUCAUCCGUCAUGACAUCAGAGGGGCAGAACUUUUGCAUCUGGAAAGACGAGAUCUUAAGGACCUGGGGAUACCGAAAGUGGGUCAUAUGAAGCGAAUUCUCCAGGGAAUUAAAGAGCUUGAAAGGAACCCUCCCAACUUGGUCUGAGGUGCGGUCGCACUGGUGCUAUUUAUUUCCUGGAAGAGGAGUUCUCGGGACUCAAUACAGCGUUCUUGGAAGCCGCUGGCUGUUCUUGUGAUUUUCUGGUAGAUAAGCACCACCGAAGCACCUCUCUGGAUUGAUGUUUUGCUGUGGGUGAAAGUUUUGAUUUAAGGUAUUAGAAAAUAAUUUUUGUGCCAAAAAAAAAAACAAAAAAAAAAAAAAAAACACCAAACACCCAACUCAACCCAUUCCACAAAGCCAUUUUCUUGUUGGGCAAACCUGACAUGCUAGGAAAUGCUUGCAGCAGUGAAAAGUGGGAGAAGGACCAGAGACAGUUGCCUUGUCUAAAAGGUGGACUUGGCUCGUCGUCCAUUCUCCAUAGAGCUGGCUGACGGAGGCUCUCUCGUGCACCUGCAGCUGUGUGGACGGUAUGCAGUUGAAACUUCUCAGGCUUCCUUAGUGAAGGCAUUGGCUCCUUCCUAGAAACCUCCGGGUAGGAGAUGAAGAGAGGAGUUGUGUUUUGAGUGUUUUCACCCUAAGUUCCCGGUAUGCACCGGUCAAAGAAUAUGGUGAGACCAACCCAUCACAUACUAUGAAUGAUGCAAAUUUAAUGCACGAUGUUCCUGCCUGAGUUGUCCUUCUUUUUCUUGCAUGUCAUAUAUAUUAUUGUAGUACUUCAAUAGCUUUAAUGUCUGUUAUAAUGAAAUUUAAUUUAUUACCACCCAGCUACCCAAGCACUUUUCGUUGGUUAAGGGCACUUUUCUUCAGUGUGGACUUUUAAGUAAAUACUCCAUACUGAGACUCUGUGAACAUUCAUCUGUGCCAUGAUCAGCAAAUGAUAUAUAUCUUAUGCAAACCAAAUUUAUUUGCCUAUCCCAAACCAUGGGUAUAUGCAUUAAGAGACUUGUUGGGCCAUUUUCAUAAGCUUUACAUGUUCUGUUGCCUAACAGAACUUAUUGCAACUUUCCAAACCCAAAUCCUCACAUUUUGUUCCCAUUUUUUUUUUCAUUUCAAUUUAAUAACCAUUUUGAGUUUCUGCUUGAAUUUGUAAAACUGUGGACAUCUAGGAAUUGUCCAAUGUCUCAGCUAAGAUUUGCCCCCUGAGUUAUCUGCACCAGCUGAAGCAAUUAUUGACAUGAAUUCCCCAAUGAAAGAAAUUUAGUUUUGCUUCUUAAGGGCUUUUUGUAUUAUUAUAUCACACACAUUUUGAUAGUCUACCAGGUAGAAAUUACUUUCCUUUUUUUAAACCAUUGUAUGUCAGUGUUGCUCAAUAGAAUUACCAAGUUUGAAAGCCAAAGGUAUAUAUGUCAAAAAAGUAAAACUAUCUUUAUAAGUGUUUUCUAGUCAUUAUAUGCCAAAAAUCAAUUGGAAUAUUUGGAAGUUCUAUGAGAUAUGAGAAGCAAGCAGGUUGUUGAUCCAGCGGAUACAGUUUUGAUAGUAAUCUGCUAGUUGCCCAGUAGAUAAACACACACACACACACACACACACACACACACACACACACACACGUGUACACUUACAUGCCCAUAUACCUUUACCUAUAUAAAUGCACUUACUCACAUGUUGUCUUGAGAUACAGAUCCCUGAUACUUUCCAGACAAUCAUUUGCCCAAUAUUUGACAUUUUAUUUCUAACUUGGGUAUUUACUAGUAAAAAAUAUUACAAAAUUUAGAUACCUUUAAAAUAAAUGAAGACCUGGCCUGAAGUUCAGUGGUGGGGUUCUUACCUGGAACAGGCAGAGCUUGGCUCCACCCACAGCAAGGCAAAAACAAAAAAUUCUACAGACAAUCUUGAUGGGUUCCUAACCAUAUAAGUAUGUCUGACUAUAUAUUUUUUACCUAAGUUGUGCACAAUGGAAGUUUUCCAAAGAUAAUUCCUAUCGAGGCUUUUGAGCUGACAAUCAGCCAAUCACUUAGUGAUUUUGAUGUUCUGCACACCUGUGAAGUUGAAGGUCUCCUUUGCAGUCUCUUUUGUAUACCGCCUGGUGAGUACCCUGCCAACACUUCCUGUGAAACCAGGUUAUCAGAGGACACAUUCCCAGAGGUCUCCCCAGAUCAUUGUUUAGGAGAAAGGGCUAGGGGCGGGGAGGGACUCCAGCAUAAAGACCACUCCAGGUCUGUGUUAAUAUAGAAACCAUUAUUGGGUUUUCACCUGCCUCCAAUACAUCUCUAUCAACACACACAAAAACAUGUUCUAAUGGCUACUUCCCUAGGGGUGGGCAGUGAUUGGCUUUUCCUUUGUUUGGUAAUCUUUCCAGUUCCUGCUAACACCUUUUAUGUGUUCUGUAAAAUCCCAACUCAUGAAAACUUUCAUUAAGUAGAAUGAUUUUGGGAUGACGGACAUCCUUUAAGAUAACAGUUUGGAUGAGCGGUUUUGUCCAGUGUGAACAUUUUUCUCUGUAAUCCAUGCCCGCAUGAAUCAGGGCUGGACGCCAGUGAGUUCAGCUUACCAGCAGUGUGCUCUCAGAGACUCCAUCAGUCUCUGCUAGUGUCAGAAAGAAACCAUCUCAUCCGAGGUAGGGUUUCAAAAACAAGACAGUGGGGGAUGCCUCUCACUAAGAUCCAGUCACAUCUGGGAUGCAGAGGAUAUGUCUUUGAUCCUUGCUUAAGUGGAAAGAGAUGCUCACCUGUGCACCUGCCUGUAGCUUGCUCUUCUCUCCUCCAAAUUACUUAAUGUUCAUUUGUCCUCCCCACCCCCAAAGGAAAGGAACAGAGUUAAGUUUAAGUAAAACUCCAGGUGACUCAUCCAUGUCUGCCCAAAUUCUCGCUGCCUUCUGCUCCCCUUUCUCCAUUACCCCAUGAAACCUUUCACCUCCCUGAUUUUCAUUUUAAUGUCACAGGUCAUUUAGCAAAAUGUUGGGGGCAAUUAAAUAAAUGUUCAGUUUGCUAGAUAAUUGAAACGUUAGGCCAUUGGAGACAUACUGCUGUGGAGGAGGAGAGAUGUUCUGUGGAUGUUCAGAUCUGUGCUCUCUGGUAUUUUAGCCACUGGGCACCUGUGGCUAUUAAAGUUUAGUCUUACUCGAAACUUCAUUUAUUAGUUGCACUAUCCACAUUUUGAGUGCCCUGUAACCACAGAUGUAGAACAUUGUCACCAUUGCAAAAAUACUCCAUUUGACAGCAGUAGCCUGGGUCACUGCUACUGAAAAUGUGGUCCAUGGGCAGUCAGCAUCACUGUUAUUCGGGAGCUUACAAAAAUUGCAGAAUCCUGGAGCUGACAAGAUGGUUCAGCGGGUCUGGCAACAAGUUUGAUGCCAGAUGACACAUAAAAGUGGGAGGGGAAAAAACCUCUUAUAGACUUGUCCUCUGGCCUCAAUAUGCCCACCAUGGUAUGCUCACCCACACAUUAUCAUGCAUAUACACACAAUAAUAAAUAAAUACAUUUUUGAAUGCAGAACCUCAGGUCCACUCCAGGUCUGCUGAAUUCAAAUCUUCCUUUCAGUCAUAUCCCUCAGGCCUCUCUCCAGCCCUUAGAGACUUUAAGCUACCACUGAGCUAUCCACAUUUGCUCAGUUUGUUAUUCAUGUGAUGCAUUCAGUUGCUCAUGACUUCAUUCACACUGAACAUUCCAGAAGAAUAUGUACUGAGAUGAAGAUUAGGCAGUCUCCUUCAACUUGUACAUUUUCAUUUUCUUGUAUCAGUAGAUUAUCCUGUUGCCAUAGUUCAUGCUUGAAGGCUCAUAGCAGCCCACACACAUUAAAUGACUCAUUAGGUGUACAAAAGAACAAAAAAAAGAUGAAGAAUCCAAAUAAUUUCAAGAAAAGUAAAUGUCAUUUAAACAUAAAAAUAUGCCUGAAAGCAGGCAUAUUUUGCUAGAUUUGGAUCUCUUUGUCUUAUGCUAACUUAUCUUGAUUUUCACAUGGUUCAUAAUCCCUUAAAAAUAGUUCCUGAAAAACAAUAUGUUCUUGGCCUCCAAACUCAAAUUGUUCAAUUCUAUAAUGAGAUCUUUUCCCAGUGAUUUAUUGCCAGGAAUUUGACACUUAAUUUUUAUAUUUUGAUAUAAAUUACCCAAACAUAACUUCCUAGCUACUUUGCUAUACAAGAAUCUUACUGUUUUUGACUCCAUGGGUUAUUUUGACAUGAAUUGACAAGCUAUGAAUUGAGAAAUUAAAGGAGAUCCCUUUGUGCAUUACUUCUAGAGCAAAUCAUUUACAACUCCAGCUGAGCUAGUGAACUUUCAUUUUCCAAGGAUGAAUUCUUGGGGGAUAUCCAUUUUAAUUUAGCUGUAAAAUCACUUCCUUCUCAACCCUGACAUCUGGAGUCUCUCUCAGCUCCCCCACCUCAAUGGACACAUUCUCUGUAGGUGUAAGUUGAUUUUCAAACACCAAACUCUCCCCAGUACAGGUGGGAAAAAGGAAUUAGAAAUGAAACUUCCUCAGAGGGGACUGUUGGUUCGUGGGAUAGCCUUUGCCAGUGUUCCCCAACUCGGCUGCCUGGCUUCCCCUGCCACUGCCCCACCCCAAGCGUAGUGAGCCCUGCCUCAGUUUGUUUCUGCUGUGGUGUUCUCAGUGGACUUUUGUGUUACAAUCUCCCUCAUAUUGGUAACGAUGCCUUAGCAAUAGGAUUCCUUCACAAAGCUGCAAGUAGAACUUUAGAGAGUGAUAAUUAUUGUUUCCCUAUAAUAGGCAAAGCAUUAUUUUUCUUUAUUGCUAUUUUCCCAGGUUUUGUUUAGAGAUGUUUAUAUUAGAAGAAAAUAUAUAAAGGUUUGUCGAUACAGAGAACGGGAGCUAAAGACAGCUGGACUGUACCUGCAUUUCUCUAUAGUUGUCUGUUAUUUUCAGGUAAAGCAAUUAGACAGAGUAGCCAGGACUGUAUUAACUCAAUAACAAUGCUUAAGAUAGGCUCCACAUUAUAUAUUAUAGGUGAACAACUCACUUCCUUUUAUGUAAUUUAAGAUACUGUAUUUACAUUAUUUAAUAUACUCAUUUUUUUGCACUUCCAAGUUUUAGCUGGAAAAUAAAAACCAAGCCACAGCUUUAAACUUAUUUAAAAAUCCACGUAAAAAUAUUUCCUUCUAGCUACAAGUUACAAAUUUUGUAAGUAAGACUUUGUGAAUAGUCCGGGUAUUUCUUACUAUCUAGAUUUCAAGAGUAAAUUAACCAACAGAACACAGGGUUACUUAUAAAAUACAUUAAAAUAAAGACGUUUCAUACUCAACUGAUGCUAUCAAAGUAGGAGAGUGCAGUUAAAUAUAUAAGCAAACAAGGAAGGAGAAUGUGUUUUAUGACCCUUAAUAUUUGAUUGUACUGUUGUUCCACACAGCUUAGCCGUUCCUACUUCUACAUUCUGAGUACUGAAGACAUGUGCAGCCGAAGGCUGCCUACAGAGCUGAUAGGAGCUAGCUAGUGAUGUGAAAGGUUUGGGUAUCACAGCACACCCAGUUUUGUCAGUUAUGUAUUGUAUACUGAAGAUGACUAACACAUUGGAAUAAUAUAUUUAUCUAGAGCUGGUAAAUAUGAAAGUUAUCUUCAAGCCUUCAAGUAAAUUGCAUUGACUUUUCUUCUCUUUCCAUGGGAUAAAAGUCACUUGUAUGUUUCAAUCUAUUUGUACAACAGCUGUCUCCUUUACUGGUAUUAUUGAUUUUCAUAUUACAACUUUUCUUACCUUUUUAUACCAAAAGAAUUACCAUGCUGGUUAUUCAACCUUGCCAAGAUGUAUUUGCGUUUGCAAGACUUUUGGCAGACGAAAUAUUUAAUAACAAACAGAUAUAAAAGCUUUGUAUAUUUUGUGGCUUUAGGGGCAAGAAUUGCACCUUUGAAUUUCUCUCUAUGGGACAGCGCUGACGUCAGCGCCGUCCGUCCCUUAAAGGCAGUAUUCCUUAGAACCAGUUGUAUAAAUCAGUGCCCUUAUUUAUUAUGUUGUGAAAUGUACUCUUUAUACAGAAUCUGUAUUUGAGCUCCUUUCAUUUUCACUGCUGUGGCCUGGAGUGUAAUAGCUCUGUUCAUGGUUGACUUAUAUACUUGAAACGCUCAUUUCUGUCAAACAGAUGCCCAGUGUUUUCCUUCUUUAAAAACAAAAAAAAAAAAACAAAAAAAAAACCCCACCCUAUUUUCUUUCCUGUCUUAGGUAGCUGAACAGUCAUAGGAACUUUUCUACAAAAUGGUUUUUAUAUCUAAAAAGGCACAACGCAGAAAGAAAGCACGAAAAUGAAUAAUAUAGUCAAGAGAUCUGUUAAGCUAUAUUUUGCCCAAUAUAUGUUAUGUCUUCAAUCUGUAACUCUUUUCUUGUAGUGGAUUUUUAGUUUUGCACUGGCCAAUUCCGAUAAGCAUUGAGUCUUGAAUCCUCCCAAAGACCUCACACCUCUAACAUCUACCCUUUGGCUCCAAAGUCUGUGCUGGAAAUCUGUUUCCCUGUGAUUUGGGGCUAUACUGCAAAUGGUAUCCAUGAUGGAUACUGUUUGCUUAUUUCUGUCAAAUAGCGAGAAAGUUUAACUAAGUUUUUCAUGAUUCCCACUUGUAUAUAUUCUUGACUCAACUAUUCAAAAACCCAAACAUUUCAAAUGCAUUUGCACAACAUACCAUGCAGAAUAAAAUCACUUGUUUUCAGGGAAAGAACAAGGAUUUCUGUUUUCAAAAAUCCCACUGAAAGUUGUAAAUCAAAGAAAACACUUUAAUCCCUAAAUCCAACUGUUUUCUAUUUAUGAUGUGAACAGCAGGUGAAUUGUAAGUUAUUUAAACCUAUUAGGAAAUUAAGAAUUAGUUUGCUUUUAAUGACAGAGCUUUAUAUUAUACUGUUGUAGAUGCAUUUAUUGAGGAUAGAAAAAAAAAGAGAAUAUGUUAGAACUUGUGGCAGUUUGGCAAGGCCUAGGAACAAAGAGUUUGAACACAUCUUUCAUGUUGUGUUGUAGGUCAGAGCACACAUGAAAUGUGUGACAUGGUGGGCAGUGAACCUCAGAAAGUGCCCCAUUGGUCAUGUCUGAAAUCCUUCCUAGAAGUUAGCUAAUUAACUCUCCAGGGAGCCCAUUUUGCUGCAGAAAUUUAUAGGUUAGUUAGGAGGCACUUGGGGUGACCUAAUCUCCAUGACAUUUGGAACAGCUCCUGCAAAUGUUUAUUUCACAGGGUAGAGAUGUCUGUGCUUUCUCAACUCAGCAAUAGACGCAGUGGGAACCAGUCACAGGGGUUUAGAUGGUUCCCGUAAAGGACAAGAUAAAGGUGACUCAGUCCAUACCAUGAACACCAAAGAAAUUUUCCUGAAUUCGCUGAGCCUUGAAAUGUAUUAGCUGUGAUACCUUUUCCUUAAUACUUUUUUUUUUUAAUUUAUAGUAUUUAUGUAGAACUGACCUCUUGGAUCCUGAAGAGGUUCAUUCUGUUCCACCUUGUCAAUGGCUCAUAGUCUUUUGUACAAAUAAUAUAUUUUGAUGCCUUGGGUUCCCAGUUCGAAGAGUUGCCCCACACUGCCAGUUACAAGUAAUUAAUCAUUUUUCUGCUAUAAGAAAGGACAGAUAUCAGCAUGAGUCCUACCUUGAUUUACCAUUUCUUUCUCAGUGUCAUUUUAGUUAUAAAGAAAGGCAUCCCAGUUAUCACAUGAAAAAAAAAAUCGUAGUAACCCUUGACAUUCCAUUUAGAUGUGGACACGAAGGGCAGGUGGCUCAGUGGUAAAGUGGUUGUUAUGCAAGUUUGAAACCCUGAUUCAAUUCCAACAAUGCAAGAGUAGAAACAAACAAACAAACAAACAAACAAAAACAAAACAAAAAGUGAGGUUGAAUGAGUAACAUCUGCCCGGAGUAGGUCAUGGGUCUUUUAAUCUAUAUAGCAUUCAUUUCAGCUAGAAACUCACUCCUGAAAUCUUCAAACAUUUAGGGUAGUUUCAGGUUUUCUAUGAUCAUGUUAAAUGGCUAUUUUAUGGAGAUAAACAGAGUUUUCAGCAAGGCUUUCACCUACUUCCUUAGUGUAAUUACCCCAAGAAGAGACCUCAUGAAAGCUCUAGCUUAGAAGUGAAGCAACAGGAUUCUUUGCCUGCUUUCCCUGUGAUAUGCCUCUCUUGAUAUUUCAACAUCUUCCAAAAUGGCAUCUUUGAUCUAGAUAGAGCACGGCCUCCUCCCUACAUUCUCUGACUUGGAAUAGUAUUCCAUUGUGCAGUGUACCUCCAAAAACAUCCCACAGAGAAACAGAAGCAGAUGUCCUAAUUAUUGCCACAGUGGAAAUCCAAGAGAAAUUCAUUAGAAAUCACUGCAGUUAAAGAUGGGGGUUAGCGAAGUGUGAGCUUAUUUUCAUAGGACAUUUUGAUCUAAUGAUUUAGAUCAAAUUCCCCUUUGAUUUUAGCCAGUUGGUGAAGAAGCCAUACUGGCUGAUUUCUGCUCUGAGAAGUUCUUUAUCAAAUAUGGCAGUUUAUUACAGCAUAGCUUGAUAACUCAGAGCUCCUGUGGCCUCCCUUCCCCCAAUAUUGGGAUUCUAGAAACGUGAACACUAUAUGACAUAAGGAAAAAGACUAAAUUGGAAUUCAUCUGCAUGCUUUUUCUUUGAGUUUAUUUGUAUUUUGAGAUAUGAUCUUAACACAUGGUCCUAUCCCAGGCUGGCCUCAAAUUCACUAUGUAGCUCAGGAUAACCUCCAACCUGUAAUUCUUUACCACAGCCUUCUUUCUCUAUCACAAUAAUGACAACUUAACUUUCAUGAUGGCUGAUCUCUAAAUGAUUAUUGUAGAAUGAUUUGGUACAUUGACUGAGAGAAAUUCUUUUGCUGGGAAUUUGUUUCCCCCAGAGACCUGCCCUGGAGACCUGCCUGAGAGUUGACCCCACUAUAGCUGAUAUUCAGUAUAACUUCAGCACGUGUCCUAUUACAGAUGUCAGGUGAGAGGCCCCAGUGUUUGAAUGUGCAAAUGAGACAGGUCUUGGUACCCACAGUUCUUUUGUUCCCUCCACUUUUACUUGAAAAGCCUUCAGAAAGAUGAUGCUGUGUUUAUGACAACAUUAUGCAAAUUGUGUUUUUCUGACAAGAAAUUUAAAAUGAAAUAUGGAACAGAACAAGUGCUUCAUCCUAAUGGAGGUUUUAGAUUAUGCAAGUAAAUUAUUUUAUAGGUUUUUUUUGCUAUUUAUUGCAUAUAUAUAUUUUACCAUCCCAGAAGUUCAAAUGGCAUCUUGAGUUCUGUGUCUCCCUAGUUGCACUAAAGUAAUAAUUCUACUGCCUUGUCUCUGUCUUCACCAUUUUUCUUUCCCGUUCUUUUGCUAAUUCUUCAGCAACCCAAUUUCCUACUUGCAUUCUCUCUUCCCAGAGUACAGAGACACACCUAUGUUUUGUCUUCUCUUUGCUAAAAGUCCUUGAGUAGGCUUUCCUGUCCCUUAGCAGCAUGGACUCUGUAUUGAGCAUGCUGCAUGGGGGUAAAGGGCUGAUCAGUGACUUCAGUGCUGGCUGCCCUGCCACCCCGUAGGCAUCCUCCACCCUUCAUUAACCUUUCUUAGCCCAGGAAUGUAGAAGAGCUCCAGUGUGUGGGUUCAGUACCUUGGCAUAGUGGCAUGCCACAGAUCAGCUCAUCCAAGGAACUGUGCAAAGUCAGUGUUCUGUGAAGCACUGUUGGAUAGCCUCCAACUUGUAAUGCUUUGCCUCAGCCUUCCUAUAGCAUGUUUUUAUUAGUUGUUUUUGUUAAUCCACCUCAAUGACAGCUUAACUUUCAGGCCAGUAUUUCAUCCAUGCUUCAUGUAUAGUCAAAGUUUUUCUAUUAAUAUCAUGUUCAGUUACACAUACCCAGACAGACACACCUCUCCCACUGAAUUUCUCUAUUAUUUUUGUAGUCCCAGAGUCUAGCUAGUACAAGUGUGUGCUUCAUUAAUCCUGCACUACACUACUUCUACCACUAGAGGAGCUGUGCUGGACUCCAGUGUCCGCUUUAUAGAAAAGGGUGAAUCUCAGGUUUAUUUUGGGAAGGGAGAAAUUCAUGACAUUCAUAGCAAAAUGCAUGAGGGGCGACAUUAUAAACCCCCAGGGGAGGAUGGAGGUCACACUGUCAUGUUUCCUAGGAGAUGGGAAAGCUCUGUUUGAAGCUGCAGGUUGGUGUUAGCACCUUAGAUUAGCACCUUAGCUAUGGAGAGCAGAAAGUAAUGGCAUUUAACAGGUAGCACAUGUAUCUUGGCAUACAGUAAUACACUAGUAUUUGUACACCACAAGGUUCUGAUAUGUAGAUGAGACAGCAAACAUUUGAGUUAUGAUACUGACUUCUAAAUAUUUAUUGAUGGGUAGGCUAUAGAUUUCCUUUAUGAGAAUGAAGAAAUAAACUGUCUUUAUCUUUACUGUCAAUAAGGUUUCAAGGGGAGGGCUUUGUUGGUUUGUAUUUUCACAUUUCAAUAAGCAUAUAUUGAAAUCACUAUUUCCCAUCAUAUAAAAUACCAACCAUUUCUGUGUCCCUUAGCAAAAGAAAGGUCUCCACUUGAUAACUUUAUGCUUAGUUCAGCUUUGCAAAAGGUCUACAAAGGAACUGGACAAGGAAGGCUGGGCACUGUAACCUUCUACCCAGCGCGUUCAUUUCACUUUCAAUAAAGAUAAUCAGGACUUACCUCCCUCCUGUUACCAUCAUGGUAAAAACCUAACAGCGUAGUUCCUUCUCCUCUGUAUAUUAAAAAAGAUAGUUUUAAUUUAGCCUCACCAUAUUUAUAGCUAAGAAUUUACUACAUUUUGGUAGUCCGUUUUGAAACUAAAUCCUUAUAUCUGAAAGAUGCAGAUAAAGUCUGCCUCUUUAUUACACAAUGGCCUCUGUUUGCUACAGAAAAGAGUGAAACUUUUACCUGCUUAGCACACUUGCCAUUGAAAUAUACCUGACAGAGCAGAGGUUAUAACUUUGGCUCUGCUUACUUUUAAUAAUGAUAAGACGUGAGUUUUGUUUGUUUACAUGCUGUUUACAAUGGCAUAAUUUUUAAAAUCUAUAUGACAAUUGAGAUAUUUAUUGCAUACUAUUUUAAAGAUGUUUUAAUGUGUUUUCACCUUUGGAAUAUAUUGUUACAUUUCCUUGUACAGAUAAUUUGGGUGGCUUUGUUAAUGUAGCUAAUCAUUUUUAUGACUACUAAGUGACCAGUUUCGGUGCCUUCUAUUGUGGGAUGCAUGACUAUGUAUUUAUUGUAAGGAAGUCACUGAUGUGUGUAUUUUUGUACUUUGCUGAGAGUAAUGGUUGGUGUACAUGAUGAGAGACGUCUUUCCCAAAGGGCACUGCCUUCAGAGCAACCUUCUCAAAUAAAAAAAGACUGUGUUUGAAGGUG